GUUCCUCCUGCCGGUCCUUAAGCAAGCCUGUCGAUGUACCUAACCUCAAACAUCACUUCGAACGUUUCCGCAGGCGUCCGCUUAUAUCGGAAAAGAAAUCCUCAUUCUGGGCUUGAUCUCAAGUUUAUAACUGCUUAGAAUUUCAUUGAAUCGAGCGGAACAACCUGUAAUUUACGCGCGUGCACCUCACACUCACGAUCACUCUUCCGAUAUGACAGAAAUGUCAGGAACUGUCAAACACGAGCUCGACAUCGGAAUAAUAUAGAUAGGUGCCGUUCACACCAAUGACGUAAGAUGUGCUUACAUCGAGUACCGUAAUAAUGCGCCUCAGGUUCGUCAGGGCGGUCCUGGUGCUCGCGUUGUUGGGAAACAUCAUCGUUUGGCAUAGGAUAUGGCGGUUGUUCGCGGCGCAGAACACCCUGCGUCUGCUGACACCGAGCGUCACCACGAACGAACCGCCGCAAAAGUUUCAUCGGCACUUGGCCCGGCUGGUCACCAUCGUUAUCAGGCAGUUCGAGAGCUUCGAGAACGACGUAGCGUCCGUUGUGGAGUCUGUCUUGAAUUCCUUCCCGGCGGUACCCAUCCUGAUAGUCUGCGAUGAGCUGCCCUAUCCACCGUUGGAGCUGGAUUUUGCCAAUGAGAGCAUGAAGAAUGUCAGAUUGAUCAGCUUAAGGCCGGAGUUCAACAAGUCUUUCGAGGAGAGGAAUCCACUGUACUAUAUACGCACUAAGUUCGUCAUGUUCUUGCCUGAUGCGACGAGAUUGUCUACCAAGCAGGUCAUUCAGGAGACUAUCUCACAGGUGCCAAAAUUAGGAAUAGUCAUUGUGCCAGUGGGAAAGAUCACUUUGCAUUGUCUCGAGUUAGAUCUAAGAGUGAAAGAGUGGACUUUGAAGGUGACACGGGUUUCAGGAACAGAAUGUGAUAGUGUGGUGGGCAAGCAUGUGACUAUAAUUGAUGCGAAAAUUUUGAGGAAACUCUCAGAUCCUUUCUUGCUGCCCUUCACGGAUGCGCUGUAUGUCCAGACAACAGCUGUAGGUGCAAAGAUACAUAUAUUGAAGAAUUAUCAAUUCAACGAGGGAAAGCCGUUGUACAGAAAUCAACAGGCGCAGUUCAAGGUGCAGCAGUUGCAUCGUACGCGGGAACGACUGAUGUUCGAGAAAUUGGGGAUGAAGAAAGUUACGAGGGCUUCCGGUUCCGUGGAGUGGUACGGUUGUUCGCGGGAGACCGCGCGGUGUUUCGGCUCCGUGAUAAACAGCGUACCGUCGUACCUCUAUCAGAGUCGUUACACGCCGCCUUGUUGCCUAGCCGGACUGAGAAGAGUGACCCACCACGUGAUCGACAAACUUGAGGAGGUGGGCAUUCGUUUUUGGUUGGAGGGUCAAUCGCUGCUGGGUGCGAUGAGGAGCGGCGAUAUUCUACCUUGGGAUCACGAGGUGCAAAUCGGAUUGAACCGAGACGACUUGACGAGGUCGCCGUGGUUGGUCAGGGCCAAGAACAAACCGGUAGUUGAUGACGACGGCUUCGUUUGGGAAAAAGCGACGGAGGGCGAGUUCUUCAAGGUACAGUACUCCAAGGUGAACCGUCUGCACGUGAACCUUCUGCCGUUCUACGCGCGCAACGGAUCCAUGACGAAGGACGCGUGGUUUCUGAGGAAUGGCGACUUCCCGGAGCAGUUUCUCCAUCCGAUGUCGAGCAUCGAGUUCGCCGGUAGACAAGUGCCGUGUCCGAAUAAUAUCAGGGACUUCCUUGAGCUCAAGUACUUCAGAGGUGUAAUAGAGAAUCCGGAGUUACCUGGAAAAUUUCUGCUCGAUUAGCCCGUUCCGAUUGAUUGUUCGCAAAUCACUCGUAUAAAUAGCGACGUGGUGAUUGUCAUUUCACUUUACGCGUCAGUUGAUACCUCAGGAGCUGAGUCGCAUUUAUUGCUAUCGAAUUGAUAAUUGUAUCUAACGAUACUAGGAAUUCUUAUCUAUAUGCAUGAAGACAUUAACAUCUGAGUAAAGGAUUACAAUUUGACAUUUUCGCAACAAUCCUCGUCUAGGAAAGCUGACAUUUCGAUUUGCCUUAUUUGGGCCAUCCUUUAGUGAGAAAUCACGACAAAUAAUUGUUAUCGAGAUCGUUAUCUUUGUAUCUCUGAGUAAUUCGGCUUAGAGUAGGGAGAUUUCCGCGAUCUUCUUCCUUGCAUGGAUCGACCUGUUAAUAUUGUGCCAAAUAAAUUUAGUAUUUUCAAUUAGAUCUUGCGGAUAUAAAUGUUAACAUUUCUCCAAUGUAUAUACACACAUAAUACACACAUAACUUCCAUUAUGUGUGUUAACUUUUUAUUAGCUUUUCUAUUGUCCUUUAGUAGAUGCUAUGGUCUGUAUUAGAGACUUAAAUAUUUAACACUAACGAUUUAAACAGAUUUAGUCUCAUAAUAUUUUAAGAAAUAUUUUUUUGUUUGAUAUAUGAAGACAUAUAAUGCAUCAUAUUUCGAAUAAUUUUAUAAGAUGUCAGAAAUAGUCAGUAAAUAUAUAUAGAGUAAAAAUUUGAUUAUUUAAAUUCUGCUCAAUCAAAAAGCGUAAUUUUAAGAGGGAAACUGUGGAAAGCGUGCAAAAAGUAAAAUUUUCCCUUGGAUUAUUUCCGACGAAAUCAAUUUGUUUGAUUUAUUAUGCAUUAAUCAUCCCUAAUUGUUCUAUUUUGACAGUCAUAUUUUUAGCAAUAUAAGUCCAUGUACAAUUACUAUUUCGUAGAACUAUUUGAACUCAAUUGCAUAAUUAGUACUAAUUUAUUUGUAAAAAUAUAGAUAUGUAUACGUGUAUUCGUCUGUUACAGCAAAUAU